AUGUCUGACUGUACCACUUCAACUCCGAACGGCGCGGUAUGUAGCGGCUCUACUCCUAAGCCUUGCGAGUCGACUCUGCCGUGCAAGGAGAAUACUGGUUGGAGGAGGCUUGUACGCAAUUUCACACCAUCAUGGUUCGCCGUUUGUAUGGGUACAGGCAUCGUUGCCAUAUUGCUUCAUAACUUUCCUUACCAGGCACUAUGGCUUCGGUAUAUCUCUUACAUUUUCUUCGUGCUUAAUGUUGUUCUGUUUAUUGUCUUCCUUGGUAUAAGCAUUGCACGUUAUGUGUUGUAUCCAGAGAUUUGGUCGGCGAUGCUCGCCCAUGCUGGCCAGAGUUUGUUCCUAGGAUGCAUGCCCAUGGCCUUUGCAACUAUCAUCAACAUGAUGGUGUUUUGCUUACAGCCAUGGGGAGAAUGGGUAAUAUAUCUAGCUUGGGCAUUCUGGUGGGUUGAUGUUUGGCUCUCCAUUGCCACUUGCAUCACGAUGCCCUUCAUCGUCAUGCACCGCCAUCGCCCUGGCCUCGAAAACAUAACAGCUGCACUCCUGUUACCCAUCGUACCAGCAGUGGUUGCAGCUGCUACUGGAGGAAUCGUCGCAGAGGCUCUUCCCAAUCAUCACCAUGCGCUUACAACUCUGGUGGCCUCGUAUGUACUCUGGGGCAUCGGCGAGUUGUUCUCGGCCUGUGUUUUAGCGUUAUACUUCCAUCGGCUGACCAUUCACUCACUUCCUCCGAAGGAGGUGAUAACCUCGUCUUUUCUCCCCAUAGGACCGCUCGGUCAAGGAGCUUUCGGCAUUCAGCAACUCGGCAAAGUUGCUAUGCAGGUGCUUCCCAAGACCAAUGCGUUUGGUGAUGUUGCGGUUCGAGCUGGUGAGAUACUCUAUGUCCUUGGAGUAUUCCUCGCCCUCAUCAUGUACGGUUUUGCUCUGGUCUGGCUGGCUUUCGCCCUCAUCAGCAUUGCUACAAAACCCCCGUCGUUCAGUAUUGGUUUCUGGGGAUUUACUUUCCCACUUGGUGUAUUGGCAACCUGCUCAAACUUAUUGGCAGAAAACCUUGAUAGCGAAUACUUCAAGGUUUCCACGGCGAUGAUAGCCCUCUCUGUGAUAUUGUUGUGGAUUGUGGUAGCGACUCGAACCGCCAAGCUUGCUAUCACAGGCGAAAUGUUUCACGCACCUUGCUUGAAGGAUCUUCGUGACAAGUCUCAAGCUGCAGGCUCAGACAGAAGAGUCUAG